GCCAGCCAUCAAGGUGCCAGCCGACUCGAAGCGGCUGACGGAGCCGGGAUUGUACACCGCGUUUAUGUCGUGGUCUCUGCAGAUGCUCGGAGUAAACAAACGUGCUUGGGGCUGAAGAGCAUGAGAGAAACUGCUCUACUUCACGAUGUACUUUCACCAAGUAUCGGCCGCUUAUGAGUUGUACUCCUGAGACCCUCACACCAUUCUGUUCCUUGCCUUAAACCACGAAAGGCUUUUUCGAGAUGAUGGAAAUCAAAACAGUAGAUAUACUCAUUAUCGGUGCUGGACCAGCUGGUAAGCAAGUCCAAAGUUCAAGGAGGCCGGGACAUAGGCUGACACUCUGCUCACAGGGCUGGCCUUAGCCAACUGGUUCCGAAAUUCCAGCAUCAAUGUCCUGCUGAUUGACAAGAAACCCGGGCCUACACGGCGAGGGAAAGCUGAAGGGUUGAAGUCAACGACAAACGAGAUCUUUGACUCGUACGGUAUCGGGCCUCAGAUUGCAAAAGAAUCAUGGAGACUGGAAGAAAUAGCCAUCUGGGGCCAAAAGAAGGAUGGCAAAAGCGGGAUCGAAAGGGAGCAGCUGAUACAGGAUAAGGUGGAGGAGUUGGGCAAGGUGCGGGAGACCAUGUUGCAGCAAUGUGAGUACUGACUUUAUGAUUUUCCCACCACUUGCUGAUUGUUGAGUCGUAUAGCGAGAGUCGAAUACCACAUGCAGCAAAACCUGCUAGGCCACAGGAACAUUACAAUCCAGUAUAAUACUCAGCCUGUCGAUGUCAAUGUCGAUGAGUCCUUGCUGCAUGAGGAUGAAGUUUAUCCCGUGGAAGUGCUCUUGGUCAAGACCCAGGUACAGCCAGAAGCGUCCUUGGAUAUUCUCGAGAACUCAACACCAUAUACCGCAAAUGGUGCUGCCAAAGAGGUGGAGGAACGAAUCCGAACCAGAUACAUCGUAGGCUGUGACGGGGCUCACAGUUGGCUUCGAAAGCAACUUCAAGUCCAACUCGAAGGCGACCUGACAGACUCUGUUUUCGGCGUCGUCGACCUGAUCCCCAAAUCCAACUUCCCCGACCUUCGCCGUGUCUGCUACCUCCGCGCCUCCACGGGUACCAUCCUCCUCGUCCCGCGAAGCAACAAGGAAGUCCGGCUGUACAUCCCCGUCGAGAGCGGCAGUUCACUUUCAGACCCCAAAGACGUCACUUUCGACCGCAUUAUCGAUGCCGCACGCAAGAUCAUAUCCCCUUACACUCUGGAAGUCGGCUCAGUCUCGUGGUGGUCGGCCUACCGCGUUGGCCAGCGCGUCGGCAGUCAUUUUUCAAGACACAAUGAAAGAGCGUUCCUGGUAGGAGACGCGGUGCAUACGCACUCGCCCAAGGCUGGACAGGGGAUGAACACGAGUAUCCAGGAUGCGUAUAAUUUGGGGUGGAAGCUGAGGUUGGUUCUGCAGCCUCACCACAAACUCGCUUCGAACGCGUCGAGGAGGCUGUUAGCGACGUACGAAUCCGAGCGCAGACCCGUAGCCCAAGACCUCAUCUCCUUCGACAGAGGCUACCUCAAGCUCUUCGCUGCUCCCUCAUCCCAAUUCGACACCGAGUUCUUGCAGGCAAUGAAAUUCACCACCGGCCUGUCCAUCCGCUACCCGCCCUCAUGCGCGGUGCAGCUCCCAAAUGGUGCGCAAACAGCUGAACAGCUGGGCCCAAGUCUUCUCAAAGCCGAUCUAGUUCCCGGAAAGCGCUUGCCAGAUUUUCAAGCGGUUUACCAAGCGGAUGGGAUCACGACUUGGAUUCAUAAGCGGCUACAGGCCACGGGUUGCUUUCGGGUGAUUGUCUUUGCUGGAGACCUUGCUGCCCACCAACACUUGUCGACGAAUGUGCAGAAGCUGGGAGAGUACCUCGCAGACCCAGAUAAUGGAUUAGGACAUUUGACAUCAGGCGGAGAGGCGGCGCCAUUGGAGGUGCUCAUGGUGCAUAGUGCUAAUCGUGAAAAGGUUGAACUGCUCGACUUGCCAGAAGUCUUUAGACCUUGGAGCGAUAGUGAAGGGUAUGAUUACUGGCGGGUGUUGGCGGACGCUGAGAGUGUGCAUGAGGGACAUGGGAGGGUGUAUGAGCGGCUGGAGAUUGAUCCGGAGAAGGGAAGGAUGGUGGUGGUGAGGCCGGAUGGGUAUAUUGGUGCGGUGCUUGAUGUUGAUGACUUUGAAGGGGCUGGGAAGUAUUUUCACGAGCUGGGGAUGCUGUCAAAGUAAUUAGAGACAUGGCCGGUCUGUUGAUGUUGGUGAGUGGUGUUGGUGAUUGAAGGCGGACACAACCAAAGUCGAGUCGUUUGACCAGACAGUCAGUUGGAAGGUGUCUCCUGGAGACCGACGGGUUCAGGCGAGUAGGGUUAGGGUUGAAGCAGAUGACCUGCCACAAGCACAGUCC